AGUCGCGAGACCACCCGGAAGUCCUCAUGGCGUGUUAAAUUCGCUCUUCGUGCAUAGUUCUCGACAAACUUGGACCAGAUAUUCAUAGUUGGAUUUCUUAUCCAAAUGGCGGUUGACGGCCUGACUCCGGCAAUGUUCGCUUUCUACCAGCGAAGGUUCGGUUUCCGGUUCGGAGCAGAAGACUCUAGCGUUGCUGUUUUGACAGCUGGGUUGCAGCGCUAGUAGCUGCACUGAGCUACAUGAAGGAGCGCAGUCGACUCCUCCACUUAUUUAUCUGCACUUCGGCGUCUGUGAACUUGAAUUUGUAGGUGCGUUGGCUUUAAGAAGCAGAGUUAUUCACCGAGGCGAACUCAUGGCGUCAUCCCGGCUCAAGUACAUGUCUCUGGGCGUGCUGGUGUUCCAGACCACCUCGCUGGUUCUGACCAUGCGCUACUCCCGCACCUUGCAGGCGGAGGGCCCUCGCUACCUGGCCUCUUCAGCCGUGGUGGUGGCCGAGGUCUUAAAAAUCCUGGCCUGUGUGCUGCUGGUCCUCAAGGAGCACAGCUACAGCAUGCGCGCGCUGAACAGUGUUCUGCGUCAGGAGAUCAUCCACAAGCCCAUUGACACCCUGAAGCUGGCCAUCCCCUCCGGGAUCUACACGCUUCAGAACAACCUGCUGUAUGUGGCCUUGUCAAACCUGGAUGCGGCCACCUACCAGGUGACUUACCAGCUGAAGAUCCUGACAACAGCACUGUUCUCUGUGUCCAUGCUGGGCCGCAGGCUCGGCCUCUACCAGUGGAUUUCGCUGCUCAUCCUCAUGACUGGAGUAACUCUGGUGCAGUGGCCCUCCGAGUCCAUGGUGACCCCAGAGAAGCCGUCUCUGUCUGCUGGCUCCCAGUUCAUCGGCGUGGCAGCGGUCCUGGUGGCGUGCUGCUCCAGCGGCUUCGCCGGCGUCUACUUUGAGAAGAUCCUGAAGGAGAGCAAACAGAGCGUGUGGAUCCGCAACAUUCAGCUGGGGAUGUUUGGUCUGGUGUUUGGACUGUUUGGAAUGUUUUUAUACGAUGGCGAGCGAGUGAAGGAGAGUGGAAUGUUUCAAGGAUACAACUCCAUCACCUGGACUGUGGUGGCUCUUCAGGCGCUGGGUGGUCUGGUCAUCGCGGCGGUCAUCAAGUACGCAGACAACAUCCUCAAAGGCUUUGCCACAUCUCUCUCCAUCAUCCUGUCGACUGUCAUUUCAUAUUUUUGGCUGGAGGACUUCGACCCCUCCAGCGUGUUCUUCUUUGGAGCCAUACUGGUGAUAUUCGCCACUUUCCUAUACGGCUACGAGUACAAGCCGCCCCCUAAUCCCAGCAGAGCGUAGGACUCCCACCGGCGAGUCAGCAGCAGCGGCAGCAGCAGGAGGUCUGGCUGCAGCCGGUGGAAAUCAGCAGAAGAGGAAAGUGGGUGAAAGGUCCUCCUUGAUGUGACGUGUUCAGGAGGAGAUGCAGAGGCGGCUGCCAGGUUUGCAGACGUGAAAGAUUUGAGUAAAAUGAUCACUGCGGUGAGUCUCACACACCAAAAGUGCCUCGCCUGCAGUGGACAGGAAACCUGUGUUUUUGUGAUGACCACUGUAGAGAAGUUAAAGUCGGACGUUGUCAUUCGGCCAUGUUUGGUCACCUCUACAGCACACUGUUGCAGUAUUUCUUGUUCUCACUGGUAAAUCCUGACAUAAGACUGCUGUGGUCCGUGGAUCAUUUGUUCAUUCAUUUCCUCUCUUUGUUCAGUCUUCUAGUCAAGUAUAUCAUUUUCUUAGAUUUUUUUUUUUUUUUUCAGACUCCACAGGUGUGUUUGAAGCACGACAGCCCCACUGUCAUUGUAAUUAUCGUCUCAGCUGUGUCAAUUUCAAGUCUCAAUUUAGGACCUUUCCCAGCAUACAUUGCGUUUUAUGGCACUUUGGAUCGCAGCAUUGAUUUACCCUAAACAUUCUUCCAGCUCUAGAUAUCUGUUCUUCAGUGUUUCAUGUGAGUUCCGUCCCCACUCGGCUUGUCACUCCUCCCUGAACAAACAAAUCCUUCACAGCCGGUUCAGUUGAGCACAGUGUGGCAGCAUCCGUGGAGGUUGCUUAACUGCCUUGGAGACAAAGCACAGGGCAAAAUGACACGCAGUGCCACAAUCCGUUGCUCUUUAUAAUCCCAACUAGUAACGUUUUCUACAUUAUAGCUGGCUGUACUGUGAUUCCGCUCAGCUAUUUUAGGAAACUUUUUUUUGUUGCCAGGCAACAUGUCGACACUGGGACGUGUUUGAUGAACAUACACUGUGUGUGUCUCUCGUGACACAACUCUCGUCUGCUGGAGCCACAAUGUUGUACAGUUAUCUGAGCGCAUCAACAGCAAGAUAUAGCCACUCAUUUCAGACACUCUGUCCCCAUGACAACCAUCAAGAUUCUCUCGGUUCGACCCUCUCUGGAGGUCUGACUUGACAUCAGGUUUGGCUGGUGUUUCCAUUGAGAUGCCAUUGGUUAAUUUAUUCGUUUCUAAAUCGGAUUCAAAUCACCGAGUUGAUCAUCAGCCGACUCCUGUUGUCAUUGUUUAUUUUUGUUCUAUAAACAAUGUGGCCCAGAUCACUAAAUGUUAGUCAUGUUAACUGUAGUUCGUGUAAGACUUGGUAAUCAUAAUUUGUAUGAUUUGACUGGUGCUUUUGUUGUUGUCAUGAAGCGGGUAUGAAAAAUGACUAUUGAUCUUUUAUUAAAAAUAGUUUUCAUGAAUACAA